AUGGGGAGGGACAUUACGAGAAGUCAUGGCAAGGCGCAUCAGAUGUUGCCGCUCCCAGGCGAGCCUCUGCCGUCAGGAGUAGCCAUUAUGAGUAUAAAGGACUGGCGAAGACUCAAUGAAUUAGACCAGAGGCUCCUCGAUUCUGGCUACAUGUCGGACUGCGCGGUCGUUUGCAAAGAUGUCAAGUGGGCCACCCACAGAGCAAUCUUAUGCAAUCGAAACACCUGGUUCCGCGCUGCCUUUGAUGGAGGUUUCAAGGAAGCCUCCACCGGUGUCGUCAUUGUCGAGGACACAACCCCGGAGGUACUUCAAAUCGUUCUUGACAGUAUUUACACGGGAGAAUUCAAAUUUGUGGCAUCUGGCCCGGUCAAAAUCAUCGAAGUCUGGAAAGCUGGAGACUUUUUCGGUAUAUCUGAUAUUCGGUCUGCAGCAGAGAGAGCCAUGGGUAGGAGAUUAAUGAUGUCAGAGGCACUGUUCAGCUACGAUCCGAAAGCCAAAGACAAAGCUCAAGCGAAAGAACCAACUCGCGAGAUGAUCGAGAACGAGAUCGAGGAGAUCUGCGAAGCCCUAGUGCUUGCCAGUAAUGUGACGCCCGAAAGCUCCUACAUUCAGAAAACACUGCACAGACACGUGUGCGAGUCCCGCGACGUCCGUUCAGCUCUGUCCAGCAGUGCCUUCUUUGCCAGGUUUAUGCAAACGUGUCCACGGGGCUUGAUGGAACCAUUGACACUGCGGUGGAUCCGAGAACACUCUUUGAUCGACUACAGGAAUUCCGACUGA